AUGGACCAGUGGUCUUUGAUGUUUAACCAGGUUAACAUUAAAGGUCAAUAUACCGAGUUAUCGGGCGUUUUGCCUGCGGCUUUAUAUACGCGGUUUCCAGUCUAUCCAGCUUUAUUUUCCUGUGAAGAAAUUGUCAAAGUGGUCUAUCCAGCUUUAUUUUCCUGUGAAGAAAUUGUCAAAGCGAGUAAUGAUGGACCAGUGUUUCCAGUCUAUCCAGCUUUAUUUUCCUGUGAAGAAAUCAUUAAAGCGGGUAAUCAUGAACCAGUGGUCUUUGAAGAGAUCAUUAUACCGAGUUAUAUUGGGAUUAAAGG